AUAAACGAGAGUGUCAAAAGUAGGCCUAACGACGGCAUUGUUGUGAACAGUGUUUUCUAUCGAGUUAUCAAAGAACACGUUUCUUUAAUUCUCAGGAUACUUUUAUUAGAGAGGGAGAGAAAAAAAUAAAAAUGUCUGCGACUGGAGCAUCAUCCAAAAAAAGUAGAAAAAUUGAAGGAUCAAGUUCUACUGGAGAUAUAGACGAAAACAGCAGGGAUUUUGAUCCAGAAACACAAAAGUCAUUAGAAGAGAUUGACGCUUGCCAGAACGAAAUUGAUGCUUUGAAUGAGAAAGCAAGUGAAGAAAUCCUUAAAGUCGAACAGAAAUAUAAUAAGUUAAGAAAACCAUUUUUUGACAAAAGAAAUGAUUUAAUUGAGAAAAUACCAAACUUCUGGGUCACAGCAUUUGUCAAUCAUCCACAAAUUUCAGCAAUUUUGGAUGAGGAGGAAGAAGAGUGCUUGCACUUCAUGUGCAAACUAGAAGUAGAGGAGUUUGAAGACAUCAAGUCGGGUUACAGAAUCAAGUUUUUCUUUGAUGAAAAUCCAUAUUUUGAAAAUAAUGUGAUCGUGAAAGAAUUCCAUCUGGGAUCAUCAGGGGAUCCUGCAUCACACUCAACAACUAUCAAGUGGAAAAAUGGGAUGGAUCUAACAAAGAAACAAAAAGAACGACAAGCACAGAUGAAAAACAGUCAGAAGAGAAGGCAUGAACUGCCAAGGACUUUCUUUUUGUGGUUCAGUGACCAUGGGGAUGCAUCAGCUGAUGAUAUAGCUGAGGUAAUAAAAGAUGACAUGUGGCCCAACCCACUUCAGUAUUUUCUUGUUCCAGACAUUGAAGUUGAGAAUGGUCUAGAUGAUGAUGAAAGUGAUGAUGACGAAGUAGACGACUCUGCAGUUGUUGAAGAGGAAGGCAAAGACGAGGAAGAUGCAGAAGAUGAAGAAGAGGGAGAGGAUGAUAUUGAUGAAGAAGAGGCUUAUGAAGAAGGAGAGGAAGAAGGAGGUAAAGGUGAAUGAAAGAAUGCAACCAAGAUGCAGAAUAUGUUUCCACUGAAAGCCUCGUAACAUCCAGAUUCAUUCUUACAGAGAAGAUUCUUGUUUUCUUCAUCUUUCAAAAAGUUUUGGUAAUUAAUUGGCAUCCACCAUUUUAGUGUAUGAAAAAAAAAGCAGCAAUAAAAAAUUAGUUUUUUCUAACUAUAUGUAAAAUCAAAUAAACUUGUGUAUAUAUUUUC